AUGGAUCCCAACUGCUCUUGCGUUACUGGCGACUCCUGCGCCUGUGCUGCCUCCUGCAAGUGCAAAGAGUGCAAAUGCAAGUCUUUCAAGAAGAGCUUCUGCUCCUGCUGCCCCGUGGGCUGUGCCAAGUGUGCCCAGAACUGUGUCUGCAGAGAGGCAUGGGACAAGUGCAGCUGCUGCACCUGA